GUUGGUAUGAUAGAAACAGUUGCUUUGUUGAUUUAUCCAAAUGUCAAUAAGCAAUUGAAACAUCAAGAAACGGACGUUAAAUAUACUAAUUUUCUAUAGUAUUAUAAUGCAAGAAUUAAAAUAAGAUACAACAUAUUAUCAAUGGACCGUAGCCCUUUUAUUGAAAAUCUUACUUUAGGAAUUGCAAAAUAUAUUGAGAAAUUGCCAUGUGUAAAAUCAACGGUUAUCUCCGAAAAAACUCAUGUUCAGGAAACUGCUCUUACUGCCUGGGAGCAAAAAAAUUCUUGCCUUUUACCUCAAGAUUUAAAGAAUUUUUAUCUUGCAACUGAUGGUUUGCAAAUAAAAUGGUAUUGGAAACAAAGAGGUGAAACUGUUCCCUGUGGAGUGAUUGAAAUAGCUCGGCUUAGUCAUUUAAAAAGUAUAGGACCCAAAAGACAAAGUGUUAAUUCUGAACUUCCAAGUCUUUUAGAUAUAGAGAGUGAUUCAGAAGAUGUAUGUGAUGGACACUUAAAACCUAAAUUUAAAGAUGGAUGCAAGAUAUUUGUGUUAGAUCAUUGUCAAGGAGCGGGAAAAGUAUGUUUAGUUUAUCCAAAGCGAAAAGAUUCCACAAGUGAUGGAGGUUCACAGCAACCAUCCAUCUGGUUCCUGGAUCGAGCCUUGGAUUUUCAUUACUUAACUUCAGAUUUUGUAUCUUAUUACCGACUUGCUUUAGCUCAUUUAGGUAUACCUCAGUGGCAAUGGCUCUUCACACCUUAUGGCCCACCUACAAGAACUAGGUUGUUACUAAACAUGUUUGCUCCUGAAAGGCUUAUUCAAAAGAUUUCAACUUGAAAGUGGCAAUUGAAAUUAUAAUUUUUCUUUGUAUAUGUUACGGUCAAUGUGAACAAUUGUUUAUUAUUAAUAAUAAGCAAACUGGUCAUUAUUCACAUUGACUGUAACACAUAUAUGAGCAGAAAAGUUUUAAAACAUGUAACAAUACAUUAGCAUAAAUACAUAUAGUAAUUUGAAAAGCUAAAUUGAAAAGAAUUUUUCUAAGUUUAAUGUUCGAGUAUACAGAAAAUAAUUAGAUGAAUGUCCAAACCAAUAAAAUAAAGCACACUUAUUCUAAUAUUUUAUUCAAAAUAGUGAAGAAGAGAAGCCAGAUGACUUUGUGAUAAACCUCUCCACAUAUAAGCUCAUAUUGGAAUGUCACAAUUAAAAUGAUAAACAAAUUA